AUGUCUGCUCGACCAUACGACGGCAAGCUUGGCAUCGUCACUGGCGGCUCGCGGGGUAUCGGUGCCGCGGUUGUUAGACGUUUGGCGGCCAAGGGCUGCAAUCUUCUCAUUGCCUACACCUCGCCGUCGUCGGAACAGCCAACGCAAGCUCUCAUCUCAGAAUUGACGUCGACGUACCAGAUCCAAGCGACUCUCGUCCAGGCCGACCUCUCCUCCCCCACCGCGGCCAGCGCGACCAUCCUACAGGCUGCCAAGGACUUUUACGCGAACUACAAUGCCUCGAGCCCGUUCCGCGUGGAUAUUCUCAUCAACAAUGCCGGCGUGUCCAGCAACCAGACCAUGAACGACCCCCAAAAGGGCGCGAUCCAGGCGGAGGAGUUUGAGCGGGUAUACGCCGUCAACGUGCUGGCCCCUCUCCUUCUGACGCAGGCUGUCGCCCCGUUCCUGCCCAAGGACAGGAGUGGUCGCAUCGUCAGCGUGAGCAGCGUGUCGAGCUCCAUUGGGUACCAAGGCCAGUCGGUCUACGCGGGCAGCAAGGCCGCCGUCGAGGCCAUGACGCGCACCUGGUCGCGCGAGCUCGCGUCACGCGCCACGGUCAACUGCGUGAACCCGGGGCCUGCGUGGGGCGACAUGUACGCCGAGGCGGGCGAGACGUUCUGGAAGAUCAACCAGCCGUACGUCGACGCGGCGCCUCUGGCCGAGUAUGAUGGCGAGGAAGAUGUGCUGGCCCAGCUCAACGGGCACGCGGAGCGGGAGAGGUUUGACAAGAUUGUCAGGGAAGGCAUGGGCGGCAGGAGGCCUGGCUUCACCAAGGAGAUUGCGGGCACGAUUGACAUGCUGUGCUCUGAGGAGUCUGGGUGGACGACGGGCAGUGUCAUCUGUGCCAACGGUGGCAUGAAAAUGUCCAUUGCCUGA